ACGUAAGAGUGAAAGGAGCGAAAGGCAAGAACAAUAGAAGCGUGUAGUAGUCAAUACUUAUCAUCACUCUGAACAGAAAAGAAAAAACUUGCAACCAAACACUUUCCAAACCUGGUGAUCUGUUUAACAAUUCUAUAACGGCCAUUAUCAUGUCGCAGGACGAACCAACCCGUCGUUCACCGCACCUUCACUCAGACGCCACGGGCAACAGCCUCUCCGCUCAAGAUACGUCAUCAAAGGACUUUGAAGGGAUGAAAACUGUCAAUGCCCGUUCGGACGCGGAGACAGCAGCUAGUGGUAAGCGAGUAAAGGUUUUCCAUGCUUCCACCCCAGAGGAGGAGCAGGCGCGGCGGCACAGGGCGCUCGGGAACGAAGAUGCGAUGGUGCGUGAAGAGGAGACAAGUGCGGAAGCAGAAGGAAACGAGCAAAGCAACAAGGAUGAGGAUGCUUCUACAGCAACCACAUCCUCUGCUAUCCAUCAAAGAGAAAGAGACCAAGGCGCCGACUUGGCUGAUUCCAACGAUGUAAAUAUGGACGACGACGAAUCGCCCAAAGUCUCCACCGUGCCUUUGGCCGAAGAGACAGACGAAGAAUGGUGGGACCUGAAAAUGCAGUGGGGCGGUAAAGUGUACGACAUUCACGUCGGUGGAAAUGAUAUGGUCUAUGAUUUCCGCGAGAAGAUCGCUUCCCUCACGUCUAUACCCCCCGACGCACAGAAACUCAUCGGUCUUUCGCCAACCGUCAAGGGCAAGCUCAACGCCUCACACGAUGCCAUGCGAUUUGCCCAUUUGGGGGUUAGGAAAGGCGGUAAAUUCGUUCUGGUCGGGACAAAGGUGGAGGAACGUUUUGUGGACCCUAUAAAGGAACAGGAAGGGGAGGGUGGGGAGGGCGAAUUUGAUGUAGAUUAUAAAGGCAUAGGUCCGGGUAAUGAUCCCAGAAAUAAGAGAAAGAUACAAGAGAUUAUUGACAAGGUGCCGAUUACGGUUAUGAAUGCUCCUAGAGAAGGAAAGAAACUUCUCGUCCUCGACUUAGAUUAUACAAUCGUAGACACAAAGUCUCUUUUAAACGGAACCCUUCCAUCCUCGGAAUGUGCCCGGCCAGGAUUACAUGACUUUCUCGAACUCGUUUAUCCGCACUAUGACAUAGUUAUAUGGUCCCAGACGUCUUGGCGAUGGCUAGAAACCAAAUUAGUAGAGCUAGACCUGUUUAACAACUCUAGAGGGUAUAAGAUCUCAUUUGUAAUCGAUCGGACCUGUAUGUUUCCCGUAUUCUCUCAACGAAACGGCCAGCCAUACAAGCAUGAAGUCAAACCUCUGGCAUACUUGUGGGCAUCGUUCCCUCAGUGGUCAGCUAAGAAUACUAUACAUAUCGACGACCUUUCAAGAAAUUUUGCAUUAAAUCCGGGAGAGGGGCUAAAGAUUCGAGCAUUCAACAAGGCCGGUUCUCCUGAUGGGCGGAGGGAUAGAGAAUUAAUAAAGCUUGGGACAUAUUUGAUUGGGAUUGCUGCAUCGGAGAGCGAUUUCACCACGAUGAACCACAAGUACUGGAGUGGGAGGGUAAAGGGAAGGAGAGGACGGCAUUAAGAGUUAUUGUAUGUACGUAUGUGUCUAUGCAUACAUACGUAUGAUGUUGUAUGUGGAGGUUGUGUGGCAUGUUGUAAUAUAUAGCCGCGCGUGUUUGUUUAUAGCCGGGUCGCGUGGCUGUGAUGGUGGUACCUGUCGC